AGGGAGGGAGAGAGAGAGAGAGAGAGGACGAGGACAGGCAGGGAACCAGAGCCAGCAGCGAGGAGAGGAGAGCACGAGCACUCAACAAGAUAACAGGAGAUACGCGUGGGAACAGCAGCCCAGUGGAAAAGCAGAUAUAGAUAAACAGCAGGGGACACCGUGUGCGCAAGACGAACUUGUCAGAGCCUGUAAGUGUGUGUGCGUGUGUGUGUUUGUGUGUGUGUGUGUGUGUGUCUUCGUGAGACAGCUUGGUGUGUUUCCACGCUUCUUCUGAGGCCGUGGCAGCCAUGGCGUCAGAGCCUAGCACCCAGUCCAGGGUGAUGUUCCAGUCAACGGACAAAACGGAGGAGCCGGCGCAUCGCAAGUUGGGCAAACUGACAGUCAAAUACAACCGCAAGGACCUUCAGAGGAGGCUGGAUAUCGAGGAGUGGAUCGACGGGCAGCUGCACCUGCUGUUUGACUGCGAGGAAGAAGAGAUCCCAGAGUUAGAAAUCGACAUAGAUGAGCUACUGGAGCUGCCGGACGACGGGCAGAGAACUCGGUUGCAGGAGCUGCUGCAAGAAUGCGGGAAGCCAAAAGAGGAUUUUAUCAACGGGCUGCUCUACAGGAUAAAAGGUCUACGCAAAAUGUCAGGUCCCUUGAAGAAAUGAUACUCGGUCAAAUUGCGGAUCAAGACGAUGCAGAGCCUCUUCCUCCCGUGCGCUAACCUUACGGAUGCCUGUAUGUGCGGUUCGCAUGUCAGAGGGACUCCUCCUCAUCCCUCCUCUUCCUGGAAUCGGCAUCAAUAAACACAGCAGCAGUCAGGUUUUGAAUGAAUUCUUUUUUUUAUUAUUUCGUUUUAAUUUAUGGACUGCUAUAACAUUUUGUCUCCCAUUAGCAUAACCAUUUACUUGUGAUACAAGUUGUCUAUUACUCAGAUGGGCUGUGUUCUGUUUUUUGUGGAAGACUGUACAUUUUUUGGUUGCCUAUUUAUGUACAUAAAUAUUUUGUUCAGAUAACUGUUGUCGGAAUAAAGCGGAACAUUUUCAAAACGAG